GGAUUUUGUGUUUUUACCUUUUAUAAAAGUGUAUGACCAGCAUCUGUGGGAUAAUGGAUGAAUUUUUCGAGUUAAAAAAAAUCAACGUGUUGUUUUCUGUGUCCCAGAGGAUAAAAUCAAAACACAAUAGGUCCGGGGAUACUAGGAACUAUUGCCUAACUGUAACCACAUAAUAAAUUUUCAUUUAAAGAUACAUUUCCCUAUCGUCUUUCUCAUUCUCUAAUUCUUCAUGUUCCAGCCAUUUCAGUAAUGAUAGUUACUAUUAGUAAAGCAAAUAAUUUUGAUGAGCCGAGGUUCUGCAAUGAUCUAGAAUGAUCACAGUUUGACAAAAUUCAGUUCUUCUGUCAUUUUUAAGUUCUUGAAGAAUCAGCAUUUUAUAGGGAUGAAAUUUAUGUCCUAAUUUAAGUUAUACUUUUCUGUCUGGGCCCUUUAAUUUCCAAUGCUUUAUCUUUUUUUUAUUUGCGACUGUUUGUACCUGCUUCUCGAAAUUUACAGAUGAAAAGCACUACUAAUGCAUUAAGAUCGGCAACGGUUCGAAAAAUCACCAUAAAACACCCCGUAUGUGGACGGUAUUAUCAAAACGGUCUAUUCUCCCGAUAACAACACCUACGCAAUAUUUUUUACGAUUUGAUUACGGGGUUUAUUACUUAAUAAAUUCACAUACAGUAUUGACGUAUCAUGCCAUUUAUCAGUCAAUAAUACUAAAUGUUUAAAAAAACACACAUACACAAUAUUCUCUCUCUGAUAUUGUUUUGACUAUAUGCUGGAAUUACGUGGGUGACUUUACGAUUUCUGUGAAACCGACUGUUAAAAAGUUUUUUUUUUUUUUAAAUUGCGUUAUGGUUUUACGUGUGAACCGCCGAUGAGUUUUUUUGGGGGCAUGAAGUUUAUGUGCCGCACGUUGUUUUGGAGGUCCAAGAAGAUCGUGGUGAACGGUGAGGGAGUUUCUGGGAUAUGCGCCCAAUCCAGCCCCAUCAUGCCGGGAGGUGGCCCCCCGGGCACUCCCUCCUCCACCCCCAAAGACAAACAAACUGUCCCCAAACGGAAAGUGGUGGUGGCCCUCUACAACUACAAAGCGGUCGAAGCGGAGGACCUCAGUCUCGAGAAGAAUAUGGAGUACGAGGUGAUCGACGAUAGUCAGGAACACUGGUGGAAAGUCCGGGAUUCUAAAGGAAAUAUCGGCUUCAUUCCGAGCAACUAUGUCAAGGAGAAGGAGCUGAUUGGGCUCCAACAGUACGAUUGGUACGUGAACGAUAUGUCCAGACAAAGAUCCGAAUCUCUUCUAAAACAUGAAGACAAGGAAGGGUGCUUCGUCGUCAGGAAUUCCUCCACAAAAGGAUUAUAUACCUUGUCCCUAUACACUAAAAUUCCCCACCCUCACGUGAAACAUUAUCACAUAAAAAAGAACAGCCGGGGCGAGUUUUUCCUGUCGGAGAAGCACUGCUGCAACUCGAUACCGGAUUUGAUCAACUACCAUAAGCACAACAGUGGCGGACUGGCGUCCCGAUUAAAAACCAGCCCUUGUGAUAGACCGGCCCCACCUACAGCCGGACUUAGCCACGAUAAAUGGGAAAUAGACCACCAGGAACUGAUGCUGCACGAGGAACUGGGCUCGGGUCAAUUCGGGGUGGUGCGACGGGGCAAAUGGCGGGGAACCACCGACGUCGCCGUAAAAAUGAUGAAAGAGGGCACCAUGUCCGAAGAUGAUUUUAUCGAGGAAGCCAAGGUUAUGACGAAACUGCAGCACAGCAACUUGGUGCAACUAUACGGAGUGUGCAGCAAAAAUAGGCCAAUUUUCAUAGUGACGGAAUACAUGAGGCACGGGUCUCUCUUAAACUACUUGCGGAGACACGAGACGUCUUUGUCGACGAACCAGGGACUGUUGUUAGAUAUGUGCAUACAGGUGUGUAAAGGGAUGUCGUACUUGGAAAGACACAAUUACAUACAUAGGGACCUGGCGGCGAGAAACUGCUUGGUCGGUACUGAAAAUAUCGUUAAGGUUGCCGAUUUUGGAUUGGCAAGGUACGUAUUGGACGACCAGUACACGUCUUCUGGUGGAUCGAAAUUCCCUAUUAAAUGGGCCCCUCCGGAGGUCCUGAAUUAUACUCGGUUCUCGUCAAAAUCGGACGUUUGGGCAUACGGUGUAUUAAUGUGGGAAGUGUUUACCUGUGGCAAAAUGCCUUACGGCAGGAUGAAAAACUCUGAAGUGGUGGAGAGAGUGCAGAAUGGCAUUAUACUAGAGAAACCCAAAGCUUGUUUUAAGGAAGUAUAUGAUGUGAUGAAGAAAUGUUGGUCGCCCCUACCAGAAAACCGGCCGUCGUUCCGCGUAUUAAAAGACACCCUGAUGAGCGUCUCGCAGGGCAUCUUAGUCGAUUGACUGGCCCAGUUGGUGUGCGACACGGUGGCGAGACGGGGCGUCGCCCCUUUGGACGACGGCGCCCCCAGCAGUAGCAGCAGCAGCAGCGUCGUAGCAGCGGCCUCCUCUCACCACCAGCCCGCUCCCCAGGACGGCUACGAGGAGGCGUGGCUCGGCUUUUGCCGCACGCUGUGCAGGGAGGCGCGCAGGACACGCAGGAGGACCAACUACGAGGUUCCGUAAAAAAAAAAAAAACAAACAAACAGAGGGCGUUCAUUUCAGUUUUUUUUUAUUAUUAUUAUCGUUUAAAUGAUUCCGAUAUUUUUUUCAAGGCACUCGGGGACUUACAUAUGUUGUUUUUGUAAAACUUGCCUCGAGUUGUUGUAGUCAAUAUUUGAACGUGUUGAAAAAGGUAUCGGGGUGAUGCUGGCGAAGGUCACUAUUAAUAGAAUAUGUUGCCGCGGUUUAUUUAUUUUUUAGAAAUUAAAUGCGAGGGAGGAUUGAAAAGAUUCCAUGUUUUGAUGAAAUUUCUUUGAAGCUUUUAAUUUAAUAAUACCAUAAGUCCUAUAAAGUGGAGCUACAUUGAGACACUUUUAAAUGUUUUUGUUGAUAUAUGAUUGACUGCGCCCUGAGGUAAAUUUUGAAGCAUAAUUUCACAUGCAGCACGUCGAUUGUUCCAAUCACGUUCUGAUAAUUCCUGUUCCAGAACCAUCUUGUAUGGAUGAAAACGAAGAUCCUUGUGAAGAAUUCUUCGCACAGUGCGGUCAGAUAAACGAAGGGCAGCUGCGGGUCUCCGUGCAGGACGUCUAGGUGACCGUAAAAAUGAGCGUCUCACAGUCUCGAUGUUUUCGGGUGUCCGAGCUGUCCGUCGCCGUCCACCUCCUUUUUUGAUAACGGAUCCAGUUUCUCUGAAGUUCUUGACCCACAACACAAUUGAUUUUCGGUCCGGGACUCCUUCAUUUCGCGGAAUUUGGAACCUUAUCCGGAACGCUCGUUGCGCAGCAAUAACUGACCGAUUUUCGCGGAGGUACACUUCGACGGCGAAUGCGCGCUCUGCGUUGGUCCACAUGAUGCUUCAGACUAAAACAUGUUUAAACAAAACUGUUUCCCAUACGGCUCUUAGUGGCGCACAGUGACGACUUUUGCUAAUCUAGGGGAACAAAAGUAUUACUUUGUAAUAGACACAAUUUUUGUGUGCCAAAUUUAUAUUUUAUGCAUAUAUUAGUAAAGAGAAGUAAUUUUUAAGCAGUACCGUGCGCAGGGGGCAAGCCCUCCCCCCUCCUAGUGCUCAAAAAUUAACUCUUUUAAAAAGCAAAUCCCUCCAAUACUUUUUGGGUAUAUAAUAGUUAGGUUAUUUUAAAAAAAUACCCAACGACCCCCCCCCCCCCCUCCCCCCUGAAACACCCCUCCCAGAACCACUGUUUUAAGCUUACAUUUUUUUAAUAUAAAACAAAAAAUAUCUCAAUAUUUUUUUUAUUAAUUGAAAAUAUUCUAAGCUGUCUUUAAAGAUCUGUAUUGUAGUAUUCAAGUAUUUCUAAUUAAAAUAAAUUAGAUAAUAAUUAUUCUUUUGCUUACAUAUUACAAAAAAGAUAAAUAUUUUCUUAAGUCUAAACACAAAUUAAAAAUUGGCUACAAAAUUUUGGUUUGAAAACAAUAGAUACUUGAAUAGUAUGUAAAAUAAAUUAAAUAGUUAUUCUGAACAUAUAAAAAAAAGUUCAAUAAAAAUUAAAGACUUAAUCAGUCUCACUGUCACUAUUAUGAUCGCUAUCGAUAUCGCUCUCAUAAAUUCUUUCCAAUUCCAUAUCUGGUGCUUUUAAAAGACCCAAAGCCUCAGGUGAAAACUGUUUUAAAGGUUUACUAGUUUUAUUUCUAAAGCUAUUUAUUACUGGAUCUGAUGCCACUAAAAGAUGAUGCAUUAAAUCCUGCAUUGUAGCUUUCCUGGAAAAUUUUCUGGUGUUGUAUUCUCGCACUUUCUUAAUAUCUUUAUGCAUGCACUCUUGCGCAUCUUCGGAUAGUUGUCCAAUUGGGAUUAACGCAUUUUUUAUGAUGGCUGAGCCAUGUACCAAGAUUUUAUGCACAGUCACCGGCAAAUAGUACCAACUGUAGUGUUCUAAGUACAUAGCUAGAGUUCGGUCUGCAUAAAUCUGAUAUUUUUCUGGAUCAAUUUCAAACCCAGAGGAUAGUACCUGAAGAAGUAUUGCAAAUUUUUUUAUUAACUCCAGGUUCACUCCAGUAAUUAGGCUUGAAGUUUCAGGAUUGUCGAAGAAUUUACGGGCCGUAUUCCCGUCAUUACUGGAUCCGAAACCCUGCUUUACAGUGUCAACCAAAAUAUUUAAUUCUUGUUUAAAUCUUUUUUGCACUUGUUCUUUUUUCUUGUUUGCUAUUUCUUUAUCACUUCCUUUUGCUUGCCAUUUUUUGAAUUCUAAUCUGUAAGAUAUUUUAAGAAGACAUUCCAUUGUUCUGAUUCGUGCAUGUAAAGAAGAUAUACCAAAACUAUAUACUUCUGACUUGGCUUGUUUAUUUAAAAAUUUGUUUGGGUCAUUCAUUUCUUUCGGUCCACAGCCACAAAUAUAGCACUUUUGUGAUGCAAUGUGCAAAAGGGAAUUACAAAUUUUUGUGUCAACCAUGGUAAAGGAAAGAUUUGGUGUAAUUCUUACAGUAUUAUUAUUUUCGAGAUCAUAAGAACAUUUUUUUAACUGUGAAAUUUGCGAUUUAAUCUUGUCUGUUUCAGUUAUAAUAAGUCCUUCGGUUUCUUUUUUUUGCAAAAGCUUAACUGGUCUGCAGAAUCGGGUGCUUGCUGGAGUCGGAUUUUGCCAUAAAAUAUGUUGUUUGCCCUCUGACUCAUAAGAUAAUCGAAUUGGAACAAGGGAAAUUACAAAAAUUGCACUGUCAUCUUCAUUUUCGCAAUUUUCCAUUAAAUAACGUUGCUUGUAGUUAGUAUAACCACUGCUUCCAUCGCAACCCCAUUUUAACAAAAGUUGCAGUUCAGCAUCACCAUUGCAAAAUUGAUUAAGAUCUUCAUUCUGAACGGUACAAAGCCUAUUUAUGGUAUGAUCCAACAGCGAUUGCAGAAUGAUUUCUGCAGAAAUGUCUGUCACGGUAAUAUUUUCAGGAUAACAAUUUUUUUUUGCCUCAAUUAUACCUUUAUCAUACGAGGGUAACAGUUUUAUACCACGACCUUUUAGUUUUUGAUAGACGCUUAUAUAGGACCUCCUGCUCAUUUUACCAUCUAAGAACAUGGCCAAUGCCUCAUUCUUUGAGAAAUUUUCAAAAUUAUUAUUAGUUGAAGUCCUUUGCUCGGCUUUUUUUAGUGCUGUGGCAGCGGUAUUUCGUUCAGAGGCAACCUUUCUUACUAUCAAAGCAGCAUCCCUUUUUCCCUCUGCAUAAAGUUUCACUUGUGCCGCAUACAAAAUUUCUUCUCUUGAGUGCGACUGGAGUAAUCCUUCUAUUUUUUUUCUCUUAUUUUUUUUACAAAGUUCUUCAAAAUUUUUCUGUGGUCUUCCCAUUUUUGAGGUUGAUGGUUGUUCAGCUUGCUCAGCAUUCAAAUCAAAAUUUAUUUGUUGAUUAAGCCAAUUGAAGUUUAAUUCUAGAAAUUUUUUUUCAAUUCGAUAACUUUUUUCCCACUUUUCAGCAAAUUUGUAUCCUAACUUUUUUAGCUUUUCCUUAAUUGAAUUUUCUGAGUCUUCUGGAAGCAUAUCCACAUUAUAUCUUGACAGAAAAUAUGUAUACAUUGCUUCAUUUUUGAUAUCUUUUGAUUUCUCGGUGCGCCAAGCAUCAAACAGGUUUCUGUGAGUAAUGACAACCUCAUCUAAAAAUUGAGAAAAAAAAACAAAGUUGCAAAAAGUUGCAAAUUUUUAUUUUUGUAUUUGAAAGAACAUUGCCGAGGGACCAUAUAAAUUUUUUUAAUUUUACUGGAAUCUGCUGGACUCAAAAUAUAUGACUAGUUGUAAUCAAUUUGUUAAAAUUUAAAAAAUUUUGACAUAUCUAAUAAAAAAAAUUAAAAUCUUAUAUAACGCUACUCAAAUUUUAAAAAAAUCAUACUGUUUGCAAAAGUACAUACCUACAUCCAUUUUAUAAAAUAGGAACCGAAACAACAAACCAAUACACUUUUCACUACGAGCCUUUUACAACUACUUGAAAUUGCAAAUAAAAACUGCUAUAACAUAAACACUUCAGAAAUGCUUUACAUUCUUAUCAAUUAAACCGAUAAGAACUUAUAAUUUUUUGCUUUUUCGUUUGGAUUCAUGCGAGUUCGGCAUAUUUUUAAAAUAUUUCGAGCAAAAAUUAAAUGAACUAUUUUUUCUAAAAAAAUACUUUUGUUCCCCUAGAUUGCCAAAAGUAGUCACUGUGUGGCGGUAGCCCCACUAUUCUGCGACGCCGCACGGCAUUACAAGGGAAGGUUAAAAAUAGAGAGACAGUUAUGCCGCACCCUAUAGAUACCAUUGUUUUAUCUUGUAUAGCAAAAACUGCUAAACUCAUCUCGGGGUAAUGUGCACAACAUAGCCAUUGCAUGUUGUGGUGCUAAAAGUAAACUUACUUACUUUAGCGUAACUAUUUUCCACAGUUUGCAACCGUUUUUACACUUAAAGGAAACUUUUCAUUCCCCCUUGAUAAAAAAGUAAAAAACACCCAGAAUUUCAAUUAGAAAAAAAAACAACACACAGACUGAACAAUAAAAACGUCGCGCCAAAUAAUAAAUUUAAGGUUUAGUUUUAAAAAAAAUAUAUUUAGAGCCUUAGGCACUGGCAGAAAUAUUACUCGAGUAGUUUUUUGUAACUAACUAUCCGUAUGGAAUUGUAAACCACUGGCACAAAAAAAACGGUUGUUAUUUUGGUAAAAAUUUGACAAUAAUACGUGUUUCUAAUGCACUUAGUACGUGACGUUGCACCCCAUAGCCAUAAAAUAUUAUAUGGAUCGUUCUGCUCAAAAAUCGGAAUUAUUCAAGUCGGUGGGGCCAAAACGACAACGCGUAGCCAAAAAAUUAAGUCUACUGCCUACUAUAAUGAAUUAUUAUUAUUAUUAUGAAUAAAUUGAGAUAUUUUUUCAUUGUCUAGACUUGUAAGAUCACGGUCAUGGAUGCGAGAUAUUAUUAUACUAUAACAUCAUUACCACACAUUAGAUUAUAAUAAGCACUGUGUCCAUUAAUGUUCUAGAUGUGAAGUAGACUCGAAUUGUCCACGGUGUAAAUUUAGUCAGUGUUUAGGAUUCUUAGUAAAUAUUAGUUACGGAAUUCUUGUUUUAGUUCUUCCAUGGUGGAUCCUCAGAAAACAUCUUCUAUCGUUUAGUUAGAUUUUAAUUUUAGAUAAAACAUUGGUGUGAUAAAAGUUAUAUAAGCAUUUAUAUUAUAUAGUCUUGUUUUUAAGAUAUAAUUACAAUUCCAUAUUAAGAUUUUGCUAUCGUUUUUUUUUACCAGUUACCAGCCCAUAUCUCAAAAGCAUAAAUCAUAUUAUCAAAGCAUAUACACAUUAUAAUAAUAUAACAUGUUAGUAUGAAUUAAUAGUCGGUUUUGUACUCACAAAUGUAUCGUCAUCAGACCGUUUUUUACUUUGCUAUAAAACUUCCUUAUUGAUUUUAUUUAUAUUUAGGUAGAUUUGUAUAAUAAAAGAAUAUGCAUUUA